AUGGCCUUGGCAGAACAGAAAGCUCUCUUCCUCUUGACCAAGAACGGCGAGUUCGCCGUGCAGGACACUCCCGUUCCUGUUCCUGGCCCCGGUGAAGUCCUUGCCCGGGUAGAAGCAGCAGCCCUCAACCCGCUCGAGUGGAAGAUCCAAGCCCCAGGAGUCUAUCAGGAGUUCGUACAAUACCCCGCUAUCCUGGGCUCGGAUGCUGCAGGGGUCGUCGAGCAGGUUGGCGAGGGCGUCACCAACGUCCAGAAGGACGAUAAGAUUGUAUGGCAGGGAAUGCUUAAGAACGCGCGCGGGACCUUCCAGCGGUAUGCCCUCGUUCCCGGGGCCCGCGCGGUGAGGAUCCCACCCAACGUGUCUUUGGACGAGGCAGCGUCUAUCCCGCUCGCGCUCGGCACGGCCUUCGUCGCGCUGUUCAACAAGAAGCUGGCCGGAGGCGCCGAGCUGACGCCGUUCUGGCAAGUCCCUGCACCGUACGAUGGUCAGCCAUUCGUCGUGCUCGGCGGUUCCACCUCCGUUGGCCAAUUCGUGAUCCAACUCGCCAAAGUAUCCGGAUUUUCUCCGAUCAUCGCCACCGCAUCCGAGAGGCACACCGACUACCUCAAAUCCCUCGGCGCAACGCACGUCCUCUCACGCUCGCUCCCCGCCGACAGCCUCCGCGCGGAAGUACUGAAGAUUACGCCGGAUUCGAUCAAGAUCGCCUACGACGCCGUCAGCACCGCCGACACUCAGAAGGUAGGAUGGUCGCUCGUAGCGCCUGGCGGGCAGUUUGUGGUGGUGUUAGCGCCGCCCGACGGAGUUGUGCACGGCCAGGACGGCAAAGAACUCGUGUGGGUGAAAGGCAACCUGAGCUUCAAAGAACUCGAGGAGGAUGAGGCAGGGCGCGAAUUGUAUGCGCACCUUGGCCAGUGGUUGCGGGAUGGCUCAAUCAAGCCGAAUCGCGUGCAAGUAAUCCCGGGUGGUCUACCAGCUAUCCCGGCUGGAUUGGAGCUGCUGCGCCAGGACAAAGUCAGCGGCGUGAAGCUGGUUGUGCAUCCCCAGGAAGUCGCAUGA